ACAGACCCGAGUGCCUUCAGUGUUACCUCGUCCAGCUCUCAGAUCUCCUCUUCUCCCAAAGACAUGAAUGCCCUUGGGGUGCUGUCCUGCCUCAGCCUGCUGCUGGCAGCUGUUGCCGGCCAGGAUCCCAAACCCUGUGGUGAGUUUGACACUUAGACGUAUACAAACUUCAGAGGGUUUGAAUGCUUUUGCAUUCUGUGGAAGCUAGGGAAUGUUUGACUGUUCCUUUAGGAAAGAGAAAAAUUAAACUCAUACCAAGAUGAACCUGCCUUAAACAUCCAGGGGAGUAUUAGUAUGAAAAGCUGAUAAAUGGCGAGCUUGGCUUUCAUGGUCACAUCUCUUACUCACAAGACCUCUUUUUUUGCAGAUGAUUUGAGUUGGAAAUAACUAAUGAUUAAGACUCUACUUUUAAAAGACAUUAUAAUAUGGUGCCUUGAACUAUUUUAUCCUUUAAGUAACUUUGUAUUUAUCUAUUUCUUAGUUUCAGACUCACAGGUCUGAAAUUUAGCAUGCAAAAUACUAGAUAAAAAUACAACAUUAAACAACACAAGUAAAUCCGUGUCGGGUUAUGAGUCAACGGAGGCAAUCUACAACUUUCACUUGUGAGGAUAUUUGUUUGUGUGACUUAAUUUUGUGCUGACAUCAAUAGAUACAAGUUCAUCUGUAGUUUUAAAGCAGGUUAGUAUCAACUGUUAAAUAACAAUGAAUCAUACAGCCAUAUAACAACUGACCACCAGGGAAAAAAGGGAAAAAAAGAAAAGAAAAAUUGUGUUCUGAUAAAACUUAGAGCCACUCGUGCUUCUAUUUCUGUUUGUGUACAACUUAAAACAACAUGGGACAUCCUUAGCUUACUCAAAGUAAUAAUAAUAAUGAUAAUGACGAUGAUGAUGAUGAUGAUGAUGAUGAUGAUGAUGAUGAUGAUGACAACAAUAAUAGUAAUAAUAAUAAAAUUGCCAUAUUUUGAGCUACAACCUUGAAAGCUGAUGAUGAUGAUGAUGAUGAUGAUGAUGAUGACAAUAAUAGUAAUAAUAAUAAAAUUGCCAGAUUUUGAGCUACAACCUUGAAAGCUAAACACACAUGCUCUGCUCAAACAGCGUACCACCUACGCAACCUUCUCACGUCAAGAGGCUUCUUUGACUACUUUGAAAAAUUAAAACAAAGGAAAGGCAACAUAUAAAUCUUACUUAAAUCUUGAGACUCAUAAAAAAUAUGUUUUUCUAAAGCCACUUGAGUGCUGUGCUGAAAAGCAAAGAAAGUUAUGAGUGGUGUGUUGUUAUGCCGAAAAAAACAGUUGAUCUAAUCAGAAGUCCUGCCUCUGGCAAAACAAAAAAAGGUCAUCAAAGUUAGGAUGUUGAUGUGACUGUUAGGCUGGCCAGAUUUGAAACUCCAAACUGUCCUAAUUUAAAAAAAAAAAUUUGGGGGGGAUUAUGACCAUUUUUCUUUGAAAUUGUCCGAGAUCUAAUUUCCUUAAUGUUUGAAUUUACCUUCCCACAGUUGCUCCGCCCUUGAUGAAUGGAGGUCUCACAGUGGUGAGUCCAAUCACAAGUCUCACUAACCUAACCUCUUGUUGAUCCACUGAUGCCUUUCUUUCCUUUACUCUGUGCUCUAUGUGUCCCUUUCAGAUGACUGCAGACAGCUUUAUGACCACAGGAACAGUCAGCUAUGAUGCUAUUGGUAAGAGGGUGAGAGUCAGAACCAUUGGACUUACUGCCAACCAGACUGGUGUGGACCAACUCGUGCUUUUCAAUAAGGUACAUAAAACUGCUUCAUGUUUUGCUAAAUAAUGCCACAGGACCCUGUGGAAUUUUAAUGUUGCUUGUUAUAUAAAAAUGUUGAUGUUACAUUCCCAUUGGUUAUUAUAUAAAUCAGGAGGAAAGAUGGAACUUCACAACACACCAGGAAUAAGAAGAUAUCUGAGGAAAUGUGUUUCACAGUAUUAAGGAUGUCAAUUAUUUUUUCUCUCCUUCCAUUGGUCAGAAAGUCUACUAUGAGAUUGACUGGAACAAAUUCACCUGCAAGAAGAGGUUUCUGAGCGACGACUUCAUUCCCAUGCAAGUUCCCUCUGAUGCCAAACUCAUGGGUCAGGUGUUUAUGGGCUCCUCCUCCUCCUGGGGGAUGGGUGUGCUGGUCAACACCUGGUAUGGAAACCUGCCAGGAAAUGGUAAGAGAAGACACUGUAUUUAAGGCCGGUAAAUCAGUCUCAUUUUACCAAGAUGUGAGAAAAUAAACACAGGUUUGUGGCACUUCAUAGAUGUUAUUCAUAAGCCUGACAUGAAAAGCCACAGUUAGGAAAAUAUGUAGGCUUUAAUGGGGCUCAAACUUGCUACAUUAACUUAACCUUUUAAUUUCGUUGCGCCCUUUGGUACAAUGACAAAAAAAAAGAAUUCUGAUUCUGAUUCUGAUUUAUGUGACAUACUUGCCGGAGGUGGACCCUAUAGGAGGGAGAUCAAAACUUUGAAUUAAGAAUUAAUCUCAGAUUGAGAUGAAAUGAAUUAAUGAUCUGAAAUGUUUUCAUGGCUGCCUGAGAAACCUUCUAUUUUAGUUGAUUUGGGCACCCCCUGUGGACAAAGAUGUACAUCUAAUCGCUUUGCAAAUCUUGCUCUGAACAUACCAAGCCAACACCCUCUGACAAAAAUAAACAAAUAAAUAAAACUCAACCUGCUUCCUCAUAACAGGAAAAUAUGUCACUCAUUGUUAAUACUUGCUGAUGCAGCAUUUCAGUGAAACGAGAUGUCUGUUUUUUUUUUUUUUUUUAAUGGCUGGAUCAGCCGUUGAAGUGAGACAUCCAGUUAUGGGUGUGUGAUUAUGACUAGUUCUUAUAAAUAAUUAGAAUGUUAUCUUUUGCCUCUAUAGUAAUUAGCAAACACAAGAGCAUAGUGUUUUGAACUGUCACAUUUAUUAUCACUUUUAUUCUUGGUUAAAUGAAGUGAAAAAAUGACUAGGAUUAAGAAAUUCAUCAGUGGAUCAUAUCAAAUAACACCAUACUAAUUUAUUUUUUGGUAAUUUUUUUCUUUGAGUUCGUUCAUAAGCAGUGUGCUCUUAUUCAAAUGAGAUCAUCUUGUGAAGGAGAGAUGCACACUCUUGGUUGUCUGAUGUCCAACAGUCCAGUAUGAACAACUAAGUAGAAAUGCUGCAAAUCACAUGUGCUUUUCUGCUUAAUGUGUGCAGGCACGUACACGACUGUGUUCAGUGAGAUCGGCUGCAUUCCCAUGACCUUCACGUCUUACACUCCUGCCACUGGAUGGAUCACUGUGAGGUGAGAACCUGAGCUGACUUGACUAUUGGAUCACUUCAAUGAAAUGCUACAACCCAUAUUAAUAAUCCUGUUACCUCAAACAGUUGUAUCACUGGAUUUGUUUCUAAAAAAUCAAAUUCCAUACUAUAAAACAGUUUUUCUAUCAGUUUUAUAUGGAGUGAUUUUUAUUUUUUUUAAAUAACAGUUUGGAUAAAGAAUCAUAUAAUUUGAUUUAAUCUCUUUAAAUGACAAGCGUGGGCCGAAAGUCCUUAUAAGUUGCAAACAAUUAUCAGGAUAUAUAAGUGACUCUUUUGAUUCAUAACCACAAUUAAAACAGGCACAAUGCAGAUCAAACUUGUACACAUAAUACAUCAUUUGAAUAUCAGUCAUAUCAAACAUAAAGAGAUUCCAUCAGCCAUAACUUUAGAUGGAGAAUAAUCUUUACAUUUUCUGUCACUGAAUUUGACUCUGCACACUUUCUUGUUGUAUUCUCUUGUUCAUCUUUUACAGUUCCAGUUAUCAGCCUACAGUCUUUUUCCAACUGUGAUGAUCAAAUAAUCUGUUCUCACAAAGUGCUUUUUUCUUUUCAUUAAAGCACCUUCAACUGGGUUUUGGGCAACUCAAAUCCCAUGGACUUCCACCCUCCUUUCUUCUGUGCCAAGGCUGCAUUGGAGGAGACAGAGACACCACACAACAUGUUUGACGCCCUGAAGUCUUUGGCUUUGAGGAACAAGAUGGAGGAGUAAACACCUGGCAGUGCACAAAAUAUAAUAACUGACAAGACCCCAUGAGGCUCACUUAAUGUCGUCAAAAAAAUUCAAUAAUCAUUAUAAAUGCUAUUUUAGUUCUGUACUUGCUCUUAAAUCUAAUAAAUAUUAAUUCAUCUUA